AUGAACUAUUAUAAAGUAUGUAAUGAUUCAGAAAGGGAAUUACCUCAAAAUGAAAAUUACAUAAGAAAAUAUAAAUACAAAGAAAUAAUAAAAAAUGAUAUAAACAUAUAUUAUUUAAUAAAAGAAAUAAACCGUCUUAAUGUAAAUAUAAUAUGUGGUAUUCGUAAUGUAGGAAAAACCUAUUUAGGAAAAAAAAUAAAAAAUAGUUUUGUAAUAGAUAUAGAUGAUUAUGUAUUUGAAAAAGAAAUUAAAUUUGAUAAAAUUCAAAUAAGUGAUUUUAGAUAUUAUGAAUAUUUGACAUUUAUUUCAGUACUAUAUAUGUCUUAUUCUAUUUUUGCUUAUAACCCAUGUUCUAAAAGUUAUACAACAAAAGCAGACCAAGAUUGGGAUAAAGAAAAAACAAGACAUGCAGAUAAAUACAAACAAGUGUACAAAGAUGACAAUCUAUUUUUUUUCAUAAAUAAUGAUGUAAAUUUUUAUAAUAAAAAAAUAAAUGAUUUAUAUAAAAAUAUAAAAUAUGAAAUAAACAAAUCAAAUAAUAAUUAUAUUAAUAAUAUUACUAUAAUUUUAGGAGGUGGAAUAAUUGAGUUUGAAAAAUCAAGACAUGUUAUAUCCAAAUUAAAAAAUGUUAUACUUAUAAAAAGAGAUGAAAAAGAAUUAUAUGAAAUAUGUAUUAAUGAUAAAAUUAAACCAAAAUUAUCAGGAAAUUUACAAAAAAUUAUAGAAAAUCGAACUAAAAUAUUUAAUGAAUUAAAUAUACCUUUUCAAUUUUCUAUACCUACAGAAAAUAUUAUAAAUAAAAAUAUAAAAAAUUUAAAUGAAAUACGAAAUAAUUUGAUUGUUACUAGUUUUUUAAACUUUUUUAAUUAUAAAUUUUAUGCUAAACCUAUCAUAAAUCCUAAACUUUUACUUACUCAAGUUUUUUCGAUAAAUUUGGAGGAGUUUCAUUUAUUUAAUUAUAAGUCUAUGGAAUCAGACCAUGAGUUUGUUGAGCUUGUUAUUGACAAGAAGAAUGAAUAUCAUAACAAUGACAAUAAAAUUAGUAGCAAAAUAUUAACAGCCAAUUGUGAUGAUUCACUGAAAGAGAUAAAUGCUAAUUUCCCAUUCAUAGAUUUAGAAUUGCUAGAUCUAGCCAUUUUUAUUAUUCGAGCUUAUACACAUAAACCUAUCAUAAUAAAGCUAAGAAAAAAUAUGACAAAAUCAGGCAAAAUGCAUCUUAACCAUGUAAUAAGCAUAUUUUAUAAAUACAAAAUUAACAUCUUCGACAUAGAUAUUGAUACUGAUGCUGAUACUGAUGCUGAUGCUGAUACUGAUGUAAAUUGUGUAAACGCUUUUGACGAAACAAAUGAAAAUUGCUUUUUCAUAAUUUCAAAAAGUGUAAGCGAAAUGAAUAAAUUACAAAAGUGCAUAAACAUAUCCAAUUUAUUUUAUGUAGAUUGUUUAAAAUUAUCAUUUCAUUUUCUUUCAAAAAAAAAUAAAGAAUUACUCAAUACUAUUUUAAGUGACCAUUAUAAAGAUAAAUUAAAAAAUAAAUCUUUGCAAAAUCAUAAGCAAUAUAUAAAUAAAAAUAGAGAAAAUAUUUUAUUAUAUAAUGUAGAACCUAAAUAUGAUACCUUCUCAUCCUUUUUAUAUAAUCAAAUAGUAGCCUUGAAUUAUAAAAAGUCAAAAAAAAACAAAAGCCAACUAUUAGAUCAAAAUUUCAUGUAUACUUAUUAUUAUACAAAUUGUAUAGUUGCCAUUUGUUAUGCUGAACAUGAUUUGUAA